AAUUGGAUGAUGUUCUAAACAUUAUUGAAAUCGUUCAGGGGUUUGCAAUGAUCAGUUUAGAUCAGUGGUAGCAAUCUGUUGCAGUAAUUUUGCAGCUAUGGCGGAGGCGAGGCGGCCCGUGCCCUUGUCCCGUCGACCCGUAGACCUGUUCCUGGCGAUGUUUCUGCUCUCGAACGUCCCCGUGGUGGUGCUGUUCGAGUCCCAGAUGUUGUUGCCCGCCUCGCUCGUUUUCAAGCCGCUACGGGACAUGACGCAAGCGUAUGUGGAAUUCGCAGGGGAUUACUUGGUGCAGACCGCGCCGGCCUUUCUCAAGGGGCUGGUGGUCGCCGAGUGUUUGUUUCAGCUGCCGCUGUCGAUCGUAAAUGCCUACGCCUUCAUGGCUGGGAAAGAUUGGGGCCGCAUCACUGGCAUAAUAUAUGCAUCUCACGUUGCUACGACCAUGAUUUAGUCAUACCUCGAUUGGCAAUGAUUGUUUGUAUGCAGUUCCCCAUCUUGGCAGACAUUCUAGCGCACAAUAUUCCAACUAAGAACUUGCUACUUUCGAUCUACUUGCCCUAUCUCAUUAUCCCUUUCAUCAUUCUUGCACGCCUCGUACCCACGCAACAUCCUUUUACAGAAGCAGGACCCCCUUCGAUAGCGAAGAAAGGUGAUUGACAACUUCAAAUGCCCCAUUCGGUUGUAGUUGAUUUAGACAAACAUCUGAUAUGUGUAUGGAUCAGACAAACACCUGGUAUUUGAACUCUCCCGUGUGAUUGUCCUCCAGAGCUAGGCAUGGAUGUACUACACAAUGCUGUGAUUCUACAGCUCGCCAAUAAUUUUUGGUUGACAGAAUUGAUAACCAAGGAUUCAUGUCUGAGAAAUGAAUUUGCUACUUCACCUGGCCGUUCACUUCCAGUGUGUAGAAGUGGGGGCCUGUGGUGUAGGGUUUAGUCAUUUGUCUGAAAUUAUUGUACCGAUUUUGUAUUGAUUUUCUGCUAAUUUCAAGUAAAUUCUAACUGAGAAAUUGCAAGCUCGA